UGAACAUGUGUCUACCAAAGGAUGCUAGAACUUUCCUGAAAACAAAUAGAAAUGGACCAGAAAUAUCAAAAAUUGGAGAUGGUCUGUUUUGGUAUCGCGGUAUUAAAGAGGGCCUCACCAAGCAUUUGCGUUUUGUUAAGGUGCCAAGCACUCUUUCGCUGAACAUCUUUAUAGAUGGACUACCACUAAGUAACAGCAGUCCAACGCAGUUCUGGCCAAUAUUGGCAAAUAUUUAUGAAAUGCCUAAACUAUCGCCAUUUACUAUAGCAAUUUAUGCCGGAAGAUCAAAGCCAAAUGAUCUGGAAAAAUAUCUGAAGCAAUUAGUGUCAGAAUUAAAUACCCUUAUUGAUGGAGGAACAAUUAUUAACCAGACAAAAAUAGCAAUUCGAGUGCGAGCCGUCAUAGCAGAUACUCCUGCUAGAUCGUUUAUCAAGGUAGUGUAG